AUGGUGCGCAACAUUGUCGUCAUCGGGGGUACCUCCCACCCUCAGCUGACCCAAAACAUUUGCAACGUCCUGGGUAUCCCUGCGGCAGACGUGCUCCUGUCGAAAUUCUCCGUCGGUGAGACCCGAGUCGAGAUCAAAGAAUCCGUCCGUGGCAAGGAUGUCUACAUCAUCCAAUCCGGUGGCGGAAAAGUGAACGAUCUCUUGAUGGAACUGCUCAUCACCAUCUCGGCCUGCAAAACCGCCUCGGCGAAGAGAGUCACUGCGGUUCUCCCGCUCUUCCCAUACUCUCGUCAGAGUGACAUCCCGUACAACAAGACGGGCGCUCCGCUGACCAAGUCCUCCCUUGCUAGCAAAUCCGGCAAUGGCUACACUUUUGAAAGUACCCCGCCUACCCCACACCCGGGGAAGCCCGAGAGCUGCAGUCUGCUCAAUGGUGUAGACAACCUUCAAAAGAGCCUGGCCAAGGCUCAAUUGGAAGAUAUCAGCAACGGUAGCCCGGUGAAAAGACAACGUCCAGUCAAUGGUUUGCCCCGCAGUGACACCAUGGACUCUCUGCCCUCUCUUCACAGUGGAAGCGUUGCGGAAGAGGAGGCCAACAAGAUCAACAACUUCCAGCCCCGUCCAGGCUACAAGCAGUGGGUGGCUCAGGCAGGCACCCUGGUUGCUGACUUGCUCACUUGCGCUGGUGCCGAUCAUAUUAUCACCAUGGAUCUUCACGACCCUCAAUACCAGGGAUUCUUCGAUAUCCCUGUCGACAACCUUUAUGGUCGACCCCUGCUGAAGAGCUACAUUCAGCGCAAUAUUCCCAACUACAAGCAGGCUGUCAUUGUCAGUCCUGAUGCUGGUGGCGCUAAGCGUGCCACCGCGAUCGCCGAUUCGAUGGGCGUCGAAUUCGCCCUUAUCCACAAGGAGCGCCGCCCUACACGGAUCACGGAUCGCCAGAAUGCCACCAUGAUGCUGGUCGGUGAUGUCAAGGAUCGGACCGCUAUUUUGAUUGAUGACCUGGCGGACACCUCGAACACCAUCACCAGAGCGGCGAAGCUUCUGAAGAGGGAAGGAGCUGCCCGAGUCUAUGCGUUGGUCACGCACGGUAUUCUGAGUGGCGAUGCGAUUGAUCGCAUCAAUGCUAGCGCUUUGGACAAGGUUGUUGUCACCAACAGUGUGGACCAGGCGGACCACCUGCGCAGAUGUCCCAAGCUGGAGGUUUUGGAGGUCGGCCACGUCUUUGCCGAGGCCAUCCGUCGCGUUCACCACGGCGAGAGUAUCAGCGUCCUCUUCCAGUACGACUAA